CAGUUGCCGCUCGCGCUGUGCCGUGGAGCUGCGCUCGCGCUGAGAAUACACGGGGCUCCUGUAUUACCGGAGAGCUGCUCGGCACAAUGUCCGCGUUUCAAGAAUGAAAAGAUCGGAUUGUAGCUGCUGCACGCGAAGCACAGGAGUGUAUCCUCCUUAAACGAUAUUGACAUGAAGAAGGAUAUAGAGGUUCUGAUAGCAGAGGAACGUGCACAGAUCAUCUCUAAAUAUGCUAAGGGCAGGGAGGAGGGUGUUGAGAUCGACCCUUGGGAAGAUGCAGACUACAGCAUUUUCAAGGUCACAGAUCGCUUCGGCUUCCUGCAUGAAGAGGAGCUUCCGACUCCAACUCUUCUUGAAGAAAAGCAAAAGCAGAUAGAAGUUGAACGAGUAGAGAAAUGGUUGAAGAUGGUCAGAAAAUGGGAGAAGUACAAAAACAGCGAGCGGAUGAUGAAGAGGGUGUAUAAGGGGAUUCCACAACAGCUACGAGGUCAAGCCUGGAGCCUACUACUGGAUGUAGAGAAAGUUAAAAAGGAGAACGAAGGGAAAUACGAGAGAAUGGUAGAACAAGCCAAGAUCUACUCCACAGAAAUUAAACAGAUUGAUCUUGAUGUGAACAGGACCUUCCGAAAUCAUAUCAUGUUCAUGGAUCGGUUUGGAGUAAAGCAGCAGUCUCUGUUCCACGUGCUCACCGCGUACUCCGUAUACAACACGGAGGUGAGCUACUGCCAGGGAAUGAGUCAGAUAGCUGCCAUUCUGCUGAUGUACAUGAAUGAGGAAGAUGCAUUCUGGGCCAUGUCCCAGCUCCUGACCAAUCAGAAACAUGCCAUGCAUGGUUUCUUUAUCCCAGGAUUUCCCAAACUGCAGAGGUUCCAGAAUCACCAUGAUCAGAUUCUAUCCAAAGUUCUCCCUAAGCUGAAGAAGCAUCUGGACAAGGAGCAGAUGUCCAGCGGCAUUUACAGUACUAAAUGGUUCCUGCAGUGUUUUAUUGACCGGACACCGUUCACCCUGACCUUACGCCUGUGGGACAUCUUUAUACUUGAGGGUGAGAAGAUCCUCACAGCCAUGGCCUACACCAUCCUUAAACUGCACAAAAAGCGUUUGCUGAAGAUGCCACUGGAGGAGCUGAGAGAGUUCCUUCAGGAGAAGAUUGCCCAAUGCUUCGAGCUCAGCGAUGAUUUAGUUAUUGAGCAGCUUCAGGUCUCCAUGACAGAGCUACGCAAAAUGAAGCUGGACCUUCCUUCUCCAGCUAAGCCUGAUGAAUUGCCACGGAAACCACUUGGUGUGGAGCGGCCUGUACUGCUGACCCCUAAGCUACCCCAGAACCUGACCCUGGAUCAGGAAACACCAGACAAGAGCCAGCUUACCAAACGACCUCCAGCUUCACUCCAAAUCUCACUCCAGGAAUCAAUUGUUCCUGAUCAGGGCUCCCCAGAAGAUAAGUGUCCUUUUCAGGACAGGGAAAUAGACAGCGUUUCUCCAUUUCCCUCCCCUGACCCAGUGCUAGUUCAUACCGAGAUUGUUUUUGGCCCAGACGGAGUGAUGGAAGCUCCUGAUGAGCAGCCCCCACCGUAUGAGCCUCCUAAAAUUGCGGAAACUAACGAUUUUUCACUUCCUUCUCACCUGGCUGUGAAUACUUGUGGAACUUCAACAGAAUCAGCACAUUUAGAUGCACCUCAGGACAUCUCCCAAGACACUUUGCAGGCUACAGUGGAGGAUGGUUUAUUUGUACUGCACCCAAGCAAAUGCCAGUUGACAUUAUCUACAGCCUCGGCACAAUAUUCCCAAAAUGAAAACCUCCCAAAAACAGAAAUGGUGGAAAGAAGAGAAGUGAGAAAAUUUGUGUCAGAGAAGUCUGUCGUUUUAACUCAGAACUCUGCUUUUAUUGAACUUCCCGACACAGACUCUGAACCACAGUCAUCUUCCCCACACACAGGGGUUUUGUUAUCCACAGCUGGAAGGAAACUGAUGACUGUUCACUCAGACCCGCUGUUUGAACGUCAUGAUCUUCCCACUCUGCCAAAAUCAGAGACUUUUUAAAACAGCUGUUUGUAAGGCAUUUAGAAUUUUAAGAAUCAUUGCCUCGGUUCCACUCCAUUAUAUAUUCAGUAUCAUUCAUCCUAACAAAUGUUUUUCAAUUUCUCAAAGGGACGCCACAUUUCACAAACAAAAUGAAGGAAUGUACUGCUGCAGCAUAUGCGCAAGGUUAUUCUGCUGUGUCUGGGUUCCUAAAAUCCUAAAAAAAGUUUUUAUGUACCAGCUAUUAAUUGGUUUACAAUUGUUUAUUAACGCUUUACAAAUAAUAUGGUCUUAAUCUCAGCAGUUUAGCAUGCAGAGGUGCUAUGCAAACUAUCCAGAAAAAAUCUUUAACCCGAGUGUUGCUUAAACCAAGAAAAGGAUUUAAAUGAAGUGAGCUGGCUCACUGUUAUACAUGAGCCACAAAUAUCAUCCUUAGCCUUGUAGCAUUUCCUUUUGAAUUUUUCUUAAUUUAUUUAUUUUUUGCCUGACAUUUUGUGGUAUGCAGUUCAACUGGUAAGUGAAAAUUGGCCAAAAAAACGAGAAUUGAACAGAAAUAUAAAACCAAAAGAAAGGGAAAAGUGCUUUAUUAUUAUUAUUAUUAUUAUUAUUAUUAUUAACCUUUUUGUUACAUUUACAUAAAUUGUAAUUAAUUUAUCUUUUCAUGCUUUAUCAAUUAAUCAAUGGCAGUAAUAAACAACUUAAUUACAUUACUUCACAAAAUUAGCUGACAAUAAAUAAAAAAUACCAUUACGGCAUUUGGCAGAUGCACUUAUCCAGAGCGACUUAUAUUUUUUAUCUUAUUUUAUGCAAUGGAACAAUUGAAGGUUAAGGGCCAUCCUCAGGGGCAGCUUGGUGGACCUGAGAUUCAAGCUCACAACCUUCCAGUCAGUGGUUCAACACCUGAACCACUAAGCUACCAAAUCCCCCAAAAUAAAUAAAUAUUUGUUAAUAUGUAAGACUUCCAAUAUCAUCUAGACCACAUUUCUUUUAAAGACAUCUGACAGAAAGUCUUUUCCUGCAACUCUUUUGGCUAUUUUAGGCUUUUUUCUAUGUUACAACAUUUUGUAAUAAAACACACAACACACAUCUAUAACUUAAAAGGUCAGAAAAUGUAUUUUGAUAUAUUUAAUAAAACCGCUUUCUAUUAAAAUUAAA